AUGGUGGCACUGGUAGGCAUUCACCUUUUGCAGGUACUCGAACCCAUAGACCCGGGUCCCCGUAGCGGAAGGGCGGUGCAGCGUGAUGAGGACUUCGAUGCGAUUCGACCGUUAUGCUACCCCGGUACAACUGUGUUUCUGCUGUGCUUCAGCGUGGUGUGUCCGGCGUCGUUUGCCAACCUGCAAAGGCGAUGGCUGCCGGAAAUAACUCAGAACUGUCCGAAAGUGCCGUUGAUUUUGGUCGGGACCCAGUGCGACCGUCGAACCAACAUGACCGUGCUUCUUGAUCUAAGCAGCCGAAACGAGUCGCCAGUCAGUCAGCAGGAAAUCAAGAGCAUGGCGCGGAAGACGAACGCCCUUCAGUAUAUCGAGUGUUCGGCGUUGACACAGAAAAACCUGAAGGAAGUAUUUGAUGCCGCGCUGAUGGCUGCCCUAAACAUUACCACCGGCCCGGUACCGCCUCUGCACCACUUCCAGAAUCUGCGACAGAAGGUGACUCGGGCCCUGAGUCUCGACUCGAUCCAUCACUCGAAUCUACGGGUGCACAAAAACACCUCGUCGACUCACAGCGUUUUCAACGCAAAGUACUCCACCAGAAAGCUCUCGGUCGGUCAUCUUAUCACCGACGGAGGCAGCAUGGAACACGACCUGCAGAAGAAGCACAAACUGAGGAGGGGAUGGCGUCGAAUGCUCUGCAUGAGCUGA